CUCGUUUCCAUCUUCCACACUGAAAUAUGUCAAAAUUAUUAGUAUUUAGUUUUAUACAAACUAGCCCAUUGCAGCUUAGAAAUUUCUUUAACAACCUUGUCAAAGCUAGAGGCAUAAACUAUUCCCUGGGUACGCUCCACAAACAUCACACUAGUUUCUCUGCAGAGCUGGAAAAGACCAUCAAUUCGGAGAUCAGUUUUAACAAUAUCAAGUACCUUUACAAGUAUGUCCAGCAGCAUAGUAAAUGGUAUCAGGAGAAUGACUGUGUCAAUCGACAUUACUUCAACUAUUUGUUGCUGGAUCCCAGAGUUACCAACAAACUGAGGGAACGGGCAGGAAAUCUUCAUAAGAUGGAUGUCUGGUACACUUUCCUUCGAGCCAUUUUCUACGUAGGAAAGGGCAAGGCCACCCGCCCCUAUGUUCAUCUUAAAAAAGCCCAGAAGUCACUGGAUGAAGUCAACAGCAUUGCAUUAGUCAAGGAUCCCAAAUUAGCCCUAAUAGUGUCCAUUUGGAGAGCGAAACAUGGGGUCCUACUAAUGCAGGCUUUUCAUAGCAUCUCGUCAGAAGAUGCGCAAACUCGUGAGGCUUCCAUUAUCGAUGCUCUCAGUAUGAAUCACUUGACCAACCGGCGGUUAGGUGUUUACUGCGGUCCAGCUCGAAGUAGCUUAUCAAGUAGGGAGCGAAAGUAUCUGGGAAUAGCCUUGCUCCAUAAACUGCUGGGGAAAUUCCUAGCAACCGAAGAAUGUGAACUGUAUCCUUUGAAAAGCACCAAAAAUUUUAAAGACAAGGCUGCAAUCGGAGCUUAAAAUAUAUCCCUAUGUAGUAUUUAC